CCGAGGUGAAGCCCUGACCACACCCGUCUGCACACGUUUAAGACAACAAGCUCAGAACUCAUCACAAUAUCAACAAGCUGCUGAGAAACUACUGGAUGUUCUGCCACAACAUCCUGGGAGCUGCACAAUUGAUGUCCUCUAUCCUGAUUUAAACAUCCCACAGUGUGUCCAACCAUCAGCACCUCAGAAGAAUGGACAAAGAAAAAAAGAUUAUUGUCUUUGGUCUGCUUUUGGCGGUUGUUUGCAGCCUUGUGUUCUGUGACAAGUGGACAGCCUCUGUAGAAGAACAAAUUGAUGCCGUGGUGUCCACUUGUGUUGUGGUGCCAUGUUCAUUCAGCCAUCCUGGAGGAGAGCUGCCUUCCUCCAGACUCAGAGGCAUCUGGCAUCGUAAAGGCGAUCAAAGCCAAAUUAUCUACCAUGACGAUCGAUCAAGAAUCUUGGACAGCUUUAAGGAACGAACAAAGAUGUUGGGAAGUCUGGGUCAGGGAAACUGUACCUUAGAAAUUAGGCCCGUUAACGAUCAUGACAAUGGCCCUUUCUGUUAUCGAAUUGAAUUGGUUGAAAAAGACAACAAUAAUCCCACUUCUGACAAGUUCUCCUUCACUCAUAAUUGUGUUAAACUCAAAAUGAUCAAUGAACCUCCAAAACCUGUCCUGACUCAUCCGGAGACAGCCACCCAGGGAAAACCUUACACGGCCAUGUGUUCGGUCCGUCAUACGUGCCAAUCACAGGCACCUAAACUCAUGUGGAGUCAGGGUACUGAAGAGGGGACCCUCACUGUCCAUCAGGACAUUCAUCAUGGAAUCUGGGAGGUGGAGUCUAUCCUGACAUUUAUUCCUGAGGAGGAACAUGACGGCACUGAUCUGACCUGCACAGCGACAUUCAGUGGAGGGCGGACAUCAUCCACCAGCAUAACGAUCAAUGUAAAACGUACGGUCAACUUUAAUCACAUCAUCAUUCCUGUAGCAGUGGCAACCAGUAUUAUUGUGAUCUUUGGACUUUUCUGCAUUGUCAUGGUGAAAAGAUACAAGAAUCGCAUUGCGGAGCUUCAAAAUCAGGAUGGCAGAAAACAGGCUAAUGACCGACCAGGACCACCACCCCGACCAGAGAAAAGGCGAUCCAUGUGGGACAGAUUGUCCAGGAGAAAUCCUCAGGGAAACAGGAGAACACCUCCAAGGCCAGAGGAACGAAGAUCAGAGGAAGAUCGUGUGGGGUGGAACACUGAGAGGAGGUCAUUCUGGAACCGAUUUUCAAGACGUCUGGAUGACCGCGCUAACUACAGCGUUGGUUAUUUAAGGACCUCUGACACUGUAGACUUUAACACCCACACCUCUAAACCACGAUGUCCGUCACCAAAGAAUCAGAAAAGGCGACCUGCUCCUCCAGCUCCUGAG